AUGGAAACGGCUCAACACAGCUCCCACAACCCACCGAUAUUGUCAUUGGGUUGCCAUAGUGCAUACAUGAAGCGACAGCAGCUGAAACAUCGGUUGCUAGCUCACUGCUUCCACAGUGUGGCCAGGGAUGAUGCAACUGCUUCCUCAGCAGAACCAGCAGAAGCUAGAGGAGAUCCUGUGGGCGAGGCGCUGCCUUUGUCCACCCAGCAGGCUGCGUCCUCUCCAAGAGCCAACGAAAGCCGUGAUUGUUGUGACUCGCCCACUGCUGCUAGCACUGAUGGAGCGUCUGCUUCAGACACUACGGCCCCGCAUGUCUCUGAUUUGGAGGGUUCUCGCGGGCACCCUGCCUCACAGAGCACGAAAGAGUCUGUCAAGCCCUGUGGGAGACGUCGAAGGUUUUCUAGAGCUUCACGAAGCACAGCAAGCGCCUGUAGCAGCAGCAAGAGCAGGAGUAAUAACGGUGGUUGCAAGGCCGUGGGUGGCGAAGAUGAAAAAGCUGGCAUUCGUGUGUUAGGCAGAGUGCGGGGCCGGGCAGCACGCAACUGUCUCAGGGCAACAGCGGCGUGGCUAGGGGCUCUAUUGCCUCAAGGUGCAUCAGCUGCAGUGCCUGGAGAUUCUGCUGCUGCUGCGAUUGCACUGCUGGCACGGGGGGGCCGCAGGGGUCGGGCCGCUGUUCCACCUGGCUUAGGCGGUGGCACUGGGACUGUCUCACCUCAGCAUGGAGCAGUGCUGCAACAGGCGGCACAUGUGGAAGCGCAGCGAGGAAUGGCCGGUACUUCUGAAGCACAGUCGACGGAAGACGUGGGUGCCGCAGCAGCCGCGGCUCCGGCAGCGACUUCAGACACAGGGACAGAUACGGUAGCAGGCUCAACUGAAAACACCGGGCAGGUAGCCGCGACACCUCCUUUAGGACGCCGACGACAGGGGAAUGUCAGAGUGCCUCUGGGGUCCCCUGGUGCGGCUUCUGUCUCUGGAGGAGGUGCCAUAGACUUCCAGUUUCCUGUUUUGUUCAAUGUGGCUAUCAAGCGGCUUCUGAAGCCGCUCCUCCGACGAGCUGGGCAGCCGCGGCGCCGGGUUUGCAGCCGAGUAAGUCUAUCUUCAGCUAGUUCAGUAGCGGGGACAGCAGGAAUGCGCAGCAGCCAGCGGCCCCCCCUUCCACCUCGGGUUUUAUUGCGAUCUUGGAGGCCCCUUAGCCGGGCCCAGUCCUUCGGAGGCCCCAGACAGUACAUUCGAGCAAGGCAGCAGCAGCAUCAGAUCGUGCAGGAACAGAUCCAGCAGGAGAUGGGAGCUGCAGCCAUCGAGGAGCCGCCACAGGGCACUCUGGAGCACACGAAGGCGGUGCAGCAGCAGGAAGGUACUGCCCCUUUAGUAGCUGAGCAGACAACGCAGGACGGGGACCAGUUGCCACAACAGGAGCGUCCGGAAGAAGCUACGUCCUCUGGGUCUGGUGAAUGUAGAGGUGCAGCCAGCGAUGUGCUUGACUUUCAGGAUUCUGGCAGCGAAUUAGGGGUGCAGGACCAGGCCAGCCAGAGGGUCACUGGCCCGCCGAAAGAUGCUACAAGUGCAACAGGAGUGCAGCAGGCGCGUCAAGAGGAAGAUGAACAGAAGCAGCAACAGAAACAGCAAGCUCAAGCGCAGCAGGCGGCGUCUUUGGAAACUCUCCCGUGUGGUUCCACGGUGUCACCACGGGGGGCAGUCGGCCGUGGGGCAUCCCGUGUAAUUCCACCUCGUCAGCCCCUUCGCAUGUGCUUUUUGCGUGAGCGUAUUGCUAGGCUUUAUGGACGGCUCCGAUACCUGUUGGCUCCGUAUUGCGCUUCUAUCUCCGAGUGGACAUACAACAACGGGAACGUAGUAGUAACGGUUGGGUCUCUUUUGUCUCUAACGGCUACCCUGAUGGCUGAUAUGCGACUGCUUCGGACGUUUAAUCUUUUGGCAGGCCUCUGUUACUUUUCGUACAACUGGUCUCGGCGGCCCCGCCUGACUGACGCUGCGCUGUGGAAUAUCGUGUUCCUGGUGCUGAACACCGUAAUGUUGUGGCGCGUACACACGGAGCACCGGGAAGUGGUUUUCAGCUCCGAUGAACUGGACAUCUUCCAACGAUACUUCCUUCCUGCCGGAAUGAGCCCGAGACAGUUCCGACGCUUACUCAGGCAGGGCACUUGGCGAACGUUACCACAGGGUUAUGUGUUGCAGGCUGAGGGCAACACGUGUAGCACGCUUUGUUUUGUGGCGCGGGGAGCAGUCGAUAUAUCUCAAGGCGGCGAGACAGUGGAGACGUACCGAGGCGGGGAGACAGGUGCAGUUGUGGGGGUUGAACCGUUUUUAUCUUACAUCGCGGCUUUGAGAAAGCGAACAGCAAAGAGUGCCACUCCAGCAGCAGCACCACCCCCUGAGACAUUUGCGAGCCACGCAGACGAAUCUCCAGAUGGACUCCACCGCCAUCAGCAGAAGCCACCUGCUGCGACGGAGGCCCAAGUGCCCCCAACACCCCAUGCAGAGCAGCAGCAGCAGGGCAUCUUUGAAACAGGGGCUGCAACAAACAACAGCCAAGCCACUGAGAAUACUACAAAUGACUCGAAAUCUAGUGCAGAGUCAUGCGCUUCUGCACCAUCAGCUCCCUAUAGCAAUCGCCAAGAGCAGCAGCACAUAAGAGCUGAGAUGCCGAUAGUGGAGACGCCGGCAGAGGGAGCCAACGCAGGGACAGUCUUAAGAGAUGAGGCUGCCUCUAAUAUGUCGAAGAAGGACGCUGGGGAGGAAGCCUUGUGUGGUAAUAGCAUCGUCGCUGCAGCUGCAGAGGCGGCGGCUACUGCUGCAGCUGCGGUGCGCACCGUUGCAGCCACAGCCCUUUCAACGGAAACCCUGCAGAAUCCUGAAGCACCGAAAUGUACGGAGUCGCCCACCACAACCUCGGUUGUCGCCACUGACCUAACAGAAUCGGGGGUUGCAGGUGCUGUAGGAGGCGCACGAGAGGUCUCCACAGCUGACGUAGGAGCUGCUGCAGCCACUGCUGGUACAAGUGGUGCGGUGGUCACCAAUGAAGCAGGAAUGAACAAGCCGCCAGGAGUCCAAAGAGGGCAGCUACUGCAGCUGUUGCAAGAGCGUGGCGCUGCACCUAAGGGGGCUGGAGAUGGCAUAGAGAGCCCUCGGGAAGACGGGGGAGUAACGGCUCCCUUCACGGCCACCUGCAUCACGGAGGCCACAGUUUUUGCUCUGGACUUGAAGGAAUUUGCUGCUUUCGUUCUGCGGGAGCCCGAGAAUCUGGGGUUCCCUGUGGUGCAGGGGCUCACGACACUGUUGGUUAACCGUUCUAAAGCUCAGGCAGCACGGCUGGCCCUUCAUAGUUACGAUGCCUUUUUAGCGGGGGUCUUUGCCGACGGAGUGGUGCAGACGGACGAGAGGAAAAUGCUGGAGGAGUUUAGAAGGAAACGUGCCAUCAGUCAGGCACAGCACGAGCAGGCACUUGCCCGCCUCGGUUGGACGCCCGAGGAGUUUGAACGGGGCUCUCAAAGGGGCACCGGGAUAUUUUCGCGGAUCGCCGUAGGCUUAGGGGCUCUCGUGCUGGGCUCUCAGGAUGCCGAGGAUGCCUCAGAUAUCGGCUUGAAGCAUGUGCACCAAGACAACUCGUCCAACCCAAUCCAGCUGGAAGCCACGACACCACGGGCUCCACCACCCAUUUUUGAAGACUGGGAAAUCGUCGAAGACGCCAGAGCCGUUCCUCCGCAUCAGGUAGAUGAAGGGCAGCAAUGCGCGGCUACGCACAUUGCAGAUUUACAGGGGGCGACCUGCUCCACACAUAGCUUAGGCGAUGCUGUCUCCUAUACAUUCGAAGCAGAGGCAAACGCACCGGCAUGA